GUCCUAUUUUUUUGAGUCGGCCAGUGAAGUGGCAAAAGGACUAUCGCAAUGUUGGGUCGGUUCGGGAACGUGGCCACGCUGUUGGCCCACAAUGGAGCCACACAGCAGCAACAGCAAAGAGGCAUGGCCACUUUGAAAGCAAUUUCCAUCCGACUCAAAUCAGUUAAAAAUAUACAAAAAAUCACCCAGUCAAUGAAGAUGGUAUCCGCGGCGAAAUACUCGAGGGCCGAGCGCGAACUUAAGCAAGUAAGACCAAUAGGAGAUGGAGCUAAGCAGUUUUAUGAAAAAGCUGAAGUGGCUCCAGUGGAGGAUGUUCCUCAAAAGCUUGUUAUAGCAAUGACCUCAGACAGAGGUCUGUGUGGUGCUGUGCACACCAGCGUUGCCCGUCACAUUCGUACAGAACUGGCCAAGGAUGACCAGAAUCUGAAGGUGGUUUGUGUCGGAGAUAAAUCGAGGGCAAUUCUGUCUAGGGUGUAUGGCAAGAAUAUAAUCUUGGCUUGUAACGAGAUCGGGCGUUUGCCACCCACUUUCUUGGACGCCGCCAAACUAGCCGACGCAAUCUUGAAAUCUGACUACAAGUUUAGCUCGGGAGAGAUAGUCUACAACCGAUUCAAGUCCGUGGUGUCUUAUUCGACACAGACUUUGCCCGUCUUCAGUUUGGCCUCUGUUACGGCUGCCCCGAAAUUGUCGAUUUACGAUUCGCUGGACGACGAGGUGGUCCAGAGCUACUUGGAAUUCUCACUGGCCUCCUUGUUGUUCUAUGCCAUGAAAGAAGGCGCUUGCAGCGAGCAGUCGUCGAGGAUGACGGCGAUGGACAACGCGAGCAAAAACGCUGGCGAAAUGAUCGACAAACUCACCCUGACAUUUAAUCGUACAAGACAGGCUGUCAUCACCAGGGAGCUGAUCGAAAUUAUUUCCGGUGCUUCGGCUCUGUAAACGCCGUAUACAAUGAUGCUUGCGUCUCACCUCGCUACUUAUCCCCAUCCUCCAAAUAAAUAAA